CGCGAUGCGGGGCGCGGUCGGAGCGGGCCGAGCCCACGGCGGCUCGGUGCGCAGCCACGGCUCCUCGUCGGACGCCACCGACGUGGACCCCCGCGAGCGCCUCAAGGCCUGCUGCCGCCGCCUCGUCGCCUUCAUGUGCACCCAGGUAGGGGUGGGCGCGCUCGUCGUCGGCUACGCGAUCGUGGGCGCCGUCGGCUUCAUGUGGCUGGAGCGCGGCCACGACAGUCCGCUGCUGGAGCAGGAGCGCACUGUCAUCGGCAUGCGGGCCGCCUGUGCCGACGAGCUGUGGGACCUAGUGGACCGGCACAACACGCUGGACGGCGCCGCCGCGUGGGCGCGCGACGCGGACGUGGUGCUGCGCCGCUUCCAGGACGUGGUGGCGCGCGCCGCGCGUGCCGGCUACACGGGCGCCAGCCUCGACAACACGUGGUCCUUUCCCGCCGCGCUCAUGUUCUGCCUGUCCGUCUUCACGAUGAUCGGCUACGGCAACCUGGUGCCCCGCACCUCGUGGGGCAAGGCCGUCACCGUGCUGUACGCCGUUUUCGGCAUCCCCCUGUACGUGCUGUACUUCAUGAACAUGGGGAAGGUGCUCGCGACGACGUUUCGCUGGCUAUACGCGCGCGUGCACGAGUGCAGCCGCGACAGGUCUCCGCGCCUGCGCCGGGGAGGUUCCAUGGGCCCCGCGCCCCCGCCGCGCCGCGUCAUAGUCCCGUCCACCGCUUGCCUCUGGGUCAUUGCCGCCUACAUCCUCGCCGGCACCAUCAUGUUCGCCGAGUGGGAAGGCUGGAACUACCUCAACAGCACCUACUUCUGCGUCACCAGCUUGUGUAAAAUUGGCAUAGGUGAUUUUGUGCCCGGUGCCAACAUCAGUGACUCGCACGGCGGCAGCCAGACCAAACUUGUUAUCAACUUCGUAUAUCUUUUGCUGGGAAUGGGACUGGUGGCGAUGUGCUAUAAUCUCAUGCGAGAGGAAGUGCGUGUGAAAGUGCGAGAGGUGAAACGGGAACUCGGGCAGUGUCUCGAAGAUACCCGGACGCGUAUGGCGUACUGCACUGAGCCUUCGGAAAAUUGACAGCUUAGCCGUGGUUUUGUGCGUGGUACACUGACUUGCGACGAGAGGUGGCGCUGUAAGAUUUGCCACUCACUGUGAAAAAUACUCUUAAAGUUUACGAAACUCAGCACUCACCUUAUGUGAGAGUAAGUUAUUUAACAAAAGGAUUUUUGCUAUUGCUAUAUGCAAGGGUACUUACAAAAAUUGACGUUUUCAAAUUUUCUGGCAUAGGCACCUAGCUUUGUGACACACUGGUCAACGUAUCCCCAAGCUCGUGGAUGCCUUCUAGAAGAGGAGAAAAAAAAAAAUCGUCUGGUGCGUUUCGUUACUGCCUUCACUCUGCCGCUUUAUCUUUUGAAAACUUCU